AUGAGUGCCGCCCACCAGCAUCCUUCAUCCUCACCAUCACCCACAUCACCGUCCUUUGAGCUGUCCCCUAUCUCAGCACCUACACUCGGUGCCGCUCCAGCACAAGCACAAGCAUCAUCAUCACCACCAAGAGCAGAAGAACCCCAUUAUACACUCCCCCACUCGCCCUCCUCACCAAGCCUCGAACACCAGCAGCACACGCUCACUCUCUCGGAACGCAACGCACGCUCCCGGGAUAGACCCUAUACUGCCCACGGAUCGAGCAACCCGUUCCCGAUAAACGCGUUCAUUCUCGGGCCCGACGGGUUUGGGGAGCACUUGGGCGUGGCAAGCCUGGGACUGGGAGGACACUACUUGAGCGCGAGCGCACGCACGAGCUUCACCAGGGUGGACACGGAGAGUUAUUACGGCGGAGGCGGAAUGAACGGGAACGGGACCGAGCCUCAUGCGAGCGAUGGAGCAGGAGGAGGAGCUGGGGCUGGCAACGGAGCGGCGAGCGGUGGGAACGGAGGGAACUUCAGCGGAAACGGAGGGACUCAGAGAGGGGUGGGAUACCCUCCGCUGCCUCCGCUCGCGAGCGUCUCGUCGACGUACGGCAGCAACGCAGAGGGACAAAACGCCACCGCCGUCGCUGCACCCCCGCAGGCGCCGUCGCAGAUGCUCCCUCAACCUCAAUCACAAGCACAGUCACAAACGCAGUCGCCAGAGCAACCUCAAUCUCAAGCACAGAAUCAGCUGCAACUCGAGCCCGUCCCGCAGACACCUCAGGUUUUCCUUACAUUUUUGCUCGUCUCAGGGCGGCGACGGACGAUGUCAUUCGACCCGGAGACGAGUGUCGGGCGCGUCAAGGAGCUCGUGUGGAGCUCGUGGUCUUCGGACUGGGAAGACGAGCGCCCACCUGCUCCCGCUUACUUACGCAUCCUCUGGCUGGGCAAAAUUUUGCAGGAUGAAGACACUCUUUCCCACCUCAAAUUCCCUACCGCUCUCUCCUCCCCCGCCCAACACACCGCCGUCCCACCCUCCUCCCUACCGCCUAUCACACCAACGACACCAUCGACCCCCAAUCCACUUCAUUCAGGCGCUGCAGUGCCUACAGCGACAAUCGUUCACCUCUCGAUCCGCGCGUUUGCGCCUCCCCCGGAGGGUGUUGACUCACUUGGGAAGAACAAGAAGCGCCUUAGCGCUGCCCUCGCUAGCGUUGGUGUCCGUCGGCAGUCUCUCCAGCCUCCACCAUCUGAACCGGGCACUGGGGAGGAAGGCGGUGGGACAAGGGCUAGAAGCAGGCUGAGCAUGCGGAGGAGGAGUACGGCUGGUGUACCCGCUGCAGGUGCGGGCGGACCUGUCGGUGGAACGGGUCCAGCGAUACCAGAGGAGACGGAGGAGGGUGCGGGCGGAUGUCGGUGCAUUAUCUGCUGAACGACUUGGAGCUUCGGUCGCCAUUUUACCCGUGGGAAUUCAUGUUUUCUCAUCCACUCUCCGGCUCUCGUGUUCUCCCCGCUCAUUCGGCUUCAUACGCAUCAGUCUGGACGUCAAUAGAUGUUCUUGUCCCGCUUUCGAUCUCUUUACAUCUAGCACUGGCAUCUUCUGGUCGUCCUCUGGAUGCUCUCUGGUCUCUUGCACGCAUCCACACAUCCUGUUCCCAACCUGGUCCUUGGCCUGCGCGUUUAUCAGAAUAUGCAUACACUCACGUCUCGUGACGCUUUCUCUCUCUCCUUUCUUCCCCAUCUACAUAAUCUCUCGGUUUUUCUUGCUCUCGUUAUCUUGCCUUCAUGUCAUAACGUUUAAUGUCGCGCAUAUAGUCAUCGUUUCGGAUUGUUAUACAUUUUCC